AUGACUUCAGACAUCUUAGGACCCUCUACAGCUGAAAUCCGCGAGAAUUUGGUUACGACGGCUGUCAAGUUCCUAUCAAAUCCGAAUGUACAGAGAUGUACUAUGGAGAGCAAGGAACGCUUUCUACGUUCUAAAGGCCUGACUGACGCUGAAAUAGCUAAGGCUAUAGAGAAAUGUGGGGAAUUCUUGGACGUACCUACGCUGACAUCGGAAUUAAUGCUGUUCAAUCACUCGAGAAGAUCGUGGUUCAGAGAAAGAAUUCUACCUCUCAUAGUGUAUGGCGGUGUUAUAUAUGGCUGCUAUUGGUUCUACAAGAACUGCAUCAGACAUUUACUGUUCGUGGAGGAAACAAAAAGAAAGACUACAGCUGAAUGUAUAGACGAGUUAAGGAAGUCUCUAGACGUUAUGAACACCAGCAUCAGCUCAUUACGAGGAGAGAUGCAGUCGUCAGUGAAACAGAAUACGCUUAGAGCACAGAUGGACAGCUUAAAGGCAGAUAUAGCAUCAGUUAAAGGGAUUCUAUUGAACAGGAAUCAAUUUCCUUCUCUCAAACGCACCGAGCCAUCGAUCCCAGCGUGGCAGAGACAAUCAGAAGAGGCUACAUCCACCGAGGUCCCUGAGACGAAGCAUCGCAGUCGCAGCCAGAGGUCAGAGUCCGGUGGUUCAAACUCCAGCGAGGGGGAACAGGCCACCAAGAACAGCGACAGUAGCUUGGAGAUCAUGUGA